GCUCAUGCUCGUCUGCUAGCCAUUAUACAGGCCUUCUGGGACUCAUACAAGCGCACGGAAAAUACAUACAAACUACUUGAGAUCCAACGAGACCUGUUUGGCUUGGCCGCCAACCCCUUUGAUUUCGACGCUGGUGUACCUGGCCCAAGCGAUGCCCGAAAAGUGUCACCUGAAACCAUGGAAAAUGACAAGACUUUCACCGUAACCGAACAGGAUUACAUGAUGAAGACCCAAAACGAACGUCUCCGAGACCAACGAGGCUUAAUUCACAAUUUAGUUGGACCAGACGCCGAUCCCACAGGUCCAUUAGCUCGACCCGGACGACAGUUUAUUAGAGAGGGCUGGCUGCAAAAGUAUAGCAAAAAGGGCUACCAACAAAGACUAUUCUUCCUCUUUUCCGACCAAUUAGUCUAUGCAAGUCGAAUGGCCACACCACAACUUCAAUUCAAGGUAAAGGAAUGUGGCGUAAUCCAUAUCCUACAUCUAAGCUUGGAAUAG